AUGUCGCUUACCGGAGAAUCCGACGCUGGGAGCUCCUCGGGAUCAUCGUCUUCCGACAAGACGAUAAAGCUGUUCGGUUUCGAACUCACCACUACUAAUAGUAACAGUAACCCCAAUAGUUCUGUCGGAACGUAUUCGUAUGUAGAAUUUGCCGAAUUUACGAGGGAGAGCGGAAACUCGAACAACACGGCCUCGUACUCGGGAAAACGAUACGAGUGCGGAUAUUGUCGGAAAGGGUUUUCGAACUCUCAAGCAUUAGGAGGUCACCAAAACGCUCACAAGAAGGAGAGGUUGAAGACGAAGAAGCAGAAUAAUAAGCUUCAGCUUCAAGCGAGAAGAUCAAGCAUAGGUUACUAUCUCACGACGUCGUUUCACCAUCAUCAGAUCCAUUACAGAACGACGUCGUGUUACGAAGAAGAUCCCUCUUUCCAGAUCAGUUUCAAGAACCCUAGUCAAGAUUCUUAUGGGGAUGUCCGAAAAUGGUACGGUGCUCCUCAUCGUCCUCAUCAGAACAAUACGAUUCAGUUUCAGAGGGAUUCCUCGUUGUCCCUUCAAGGUCAGACAAGGGACACGGCAUAA